UAUCUGCUGACAACCCGGAAGUUACAGCAAAUCAGCACCAAAUGUAUUAAAGGGACCAAAUAAACUUUGUGUUAAAUUUUCCACCACCUUCUCGGCAGUUGUUCUUCAGCUCCACGACGUUGAUUCAUUCACCGACUGCACUGAAUUGGUCCUCACAAAAAUGUUUCUGUAUAUCCUUGGACUGGUGGCUGUUUGGUACAUCUAUCGCUGGUUUAAAGAAACCAAAAGAGUUGCCAACAAGGGAGACAAAUAUGUGUACAUCACUGGUUGUGACUCUGGAUUCGGUAAUAACCUGGCCAAAACUCUGGACAAGCUGGGCUUCCGCGUGAUUGCAGGGUGUUAUACUGAGAAGGGUGAAGAUGAGCUGAAGAAGAUCUCCUCUGACAGGCUGACAACCGUCCCCUUGGAUGUCACAGACUCUGAAAGUGUUACCAAAGCAGCAGCUUCCAUUAAGACUUUGGUUGGACAGGGAGGCCUCUGGGCUGUUGUGAACAAUGCUGGAGUUGCUAUUCCAUCUGGCCCCACUGACUGGCUCACUAUAGAAGACUACAAGUCCAUGCUGGAUGUCAAUCUGAAUGGCGUGAUCGCAGUGACACUGAGCGUUCUCCCUCUCAUCAAGAAGGCUAGGGGAAGAGUGGUGAACGUUGCCAGUGUGUUUGGCCGAAUCAGCCCAUUCGGUGGACCUUACUGCAUUUCCAAAUAUGGAGUGGAGUCCUUCAAUGACAGUCUGCGUAUAAACAUGGCACCGUUUGGAGUCAAAGUGCUGUGCAUUGAACCAGGCUUCUUCAAAACAAGCGUAACUGAUACAGUUAUAUUGAAGAAUAACUUGAAGAAGCUCUGGGACAGAUUACCUCAGGAUGUGAAAGAUGACUAUGGACCCACUUUCCUGGAGACUUCUCUUGAAAAGAUGGAUGAGACGUUCAGACAGUUGACUGACGGGGACCUGAUGAAGGUGGUUAGCUGCAUGGAGCAUGCCGUCGCUGCUAUUCACCCUCGCCAUCGCUACUCCCCAGGAUGGGACGCGAAGUUCAUCUGGUUGCCCCUGUCCUACAUGCCAACUUGCAUCACAGAUAGACUAUUCAUUAUAUUUAGUCCCAAACGCAAAAUAUCUGUGCCGUAGUUUCUGUAAUGCCAGUAACUGGAGAAACCUUUUCAGCUAAUUUGAAGCUCACUUGCAUAUGUUUUAUUUUUAGUUCAGUAAAUGUGGCUCCGUCCAUCAUCAUGUCAGCUCUGCUUAUCUAAUACUUGUUAUACAUGUCAAGCAAUAUGUUACCUCUAACAAUGGCCUUAUUGCACCUAUUAGAAACACAGAGUUAGUGUCAUUGCUAUUAACUGGAUAUUUUGAUUUAUUCUAGAUGUUUUUGUUUAGUUUAAAAAGACUCUCCAGAUUAAAAUUGACUGUAUUUAUCAUGAAUAUUAAACACAGACGACAGUCUGCGGUGUAACCUUUGCUUAGAAAUGUUUUCAAAGUUGAUUGGAUCUUUAAGGUAAAUGAGGUUAUCAAAACCAGGGGUCAUGUAAUCUUGUUUCGCCUAUUGCACAAUCCGCCAUGCUGGUGAACCAUUUACCCCUGCCUUUAUAUCUAUUAUGGACCUUGACUCUGCAGACACACAGCAUAACUUCAUCUGGAGCUUUGAGGUUUUGUUAGGAGAGGAUCAUCAGUUCAGUCAGGUAAUUUUAACGGUGGAAGGUGAGGCAGCUGCUAAAAAGACAUAAUCAUGGUAUGUUUAUAUUUUUUUUUAUUAUUAUGCUGUGGUGCUUGAUUGGCUUUCAUGACCACUUAUUAAGACAGACUGGGAGCAGAGGGUUAAAUUACGGAUUUAGUUGGGGGUUUUUUUCUGUACAAACUUUUUGUAUAUUGAGAUUUGACGCCACCUCGUGGUUGAGGGAACUUUUACUUGGAUGAAGGGAUCCAUUUCUUGCCAUAUUGCAUAUGAUUUAAUUUCAUUCAAGAUAAGUGUAUCUGGUAAAACUCAAUUAAGUGUUUCUGCAUUUUUGGCAUUGCAUAUAUUUUGUUCAUGGAGCAAAACAGAUUUCCUGUAUUUUCUGCAUGUCUGCAUAACAGAUGUAAAAGUAAUUUCAGUCAAAUCUGUGAUCUCCUGAUGCCUGAGGAGAAAGUGCAGUUUACAAGUCUACCUUUCAGACACAUUGGUUAUUCUUGUGGAAUUACACGAACAUUCAGGAGCAUUUUCAUAAGAUUAAGAUGACCUGAUGUAUGUAAUAGUUUAAUAUAACCGUUGACUGUGUUUUGUCUGUAAAAUUCUAACUGAUUUUUGUAGGUGUCAAAUAAAUACAGCUGAAUAAAAAAAUGUGGUGUUGCA